AAAGUUCAAAAUCGAUUGACAUUUUACUAGUCCGGCCGGGCCGUAAGCCGGUGAAGGUAGUGGGUUUAUCGUCGACAAUAUAAAAGCACUGUCGCUUUCUGCUGGGCUAGUCUUUGGGUACGCUAUUGAGAGUAAAAGAAUCAAUAUGAAGAGCUGUAUCGUGUUUGCUUGUCUGCUGGUCGCGGUGUUGGCCGCCGACAAAUAUAACUCCAAAUACGACAAUUUCGAUGUGGAGACGCUGAUCACAAACGACAGACUACUGAAGUCGUAUAUAAAUUGCUUCUUGGAUAAAGGCCGUUGCACACCUGAAGGCACGGAUUUCAAAAAGACCCUACCUGAAGCCGUAGAGACCACAUGCGCAAAAUGCACAGAGAAGCAGAAAGGAAACAUCAAGAAGGUGAUCAAAGCUAUUCAGACGAGACACCCCAGACAGUGGGACGAGCUCGUCAAGAAGAACGACCCGACUGGCAAAUACAUUGCCAACUUCAACAAGUUCAUUGAGAGCUAAACGUAGUUUUUAAAGCUUAGGCUAAGUUAAGGGGCCCACAGAUAACCAGUUCGCCGGACGAUAUCAGCCUGUCAGUAAAGCUCAUUUAGACGGUACGAGACCUCGCAUGCGAGUUUCAUUACAUUGCGGUAUUUGAUUGGUCGUGUAAUUGGAAGUAACCAACAGUCCUCAAUGUAAUAAAAUCGCAUACGAAUUCGCGCGCCAUCUAAAUCAGGUCUUAAUCGCAAAAGGUAACAGUUCCUAACAACUGACAGGCUGAUAUCGUCCGGCGAACUGGUAAUCUGUGGGCUCCUUUAGAAUAGGAAGGCUGCUACGAUCUCCAAAAACGAUUGAAUUUAGGCCCUUAGCCCAAAUAAAUAAAGUUCAACCUAAAAUCUCGCAUUAGAAGAUUGUAUGUUGCCUAUAACUCAUCUGUUGUCGAUAGGUACUUUUUAAAAUCUUAAUGAUUUUCUAAAAUUGGCAAAUGAAUUUGUAGCUCUGUGGAAGCAUUAUUUAUUGUAUUUUCACAACAUAGACUGAUUUGUAAUAAAAGAUAUCCGACAUA